AAAUGAUAAAACCGUGGAGAAGAAGUCAAACCGAAAGAAAACAGGACAGCUCGAAGAGUGCGGUGGCAGUGGUAAUUUAAAAAAAUAAAAAAUUAUACAUUUUGCGUACAGUUGAGUGAAUUGGCUGUUCUCUCUAUUUAGUCGUGUUUUAUCUCAUUGGCGUCUCAUUAACUGACUACGUAGUUUCGUUAGUAGAAGAAGCCGGCGGGAAAUACUCGCCCAGCCGACCCAAGCCCUGUGCAAGUGGAUGUUGCAGUGCAGUCUGGUCAGGGGAUCCAGUGUGUGAUGGACCUGCGCCUGCUGUCUCGUAUCGAUGAGGAGCUGGACUCCUCUGAGGUGGCUGCCCUGUGCUUCCUGUGCAGAGAUGUGCUCAAUAGGAAACGCCUGGAGACGGUGGCGGAUGGGCGUGGCCUGUUCCUGAGGCUGCAGGAGAAAAGCCUGCUGAAGGACCACUACUUCCUGUCCCAACUCCUCUCUGUCAUUGGUCGACUGGACCUUCACCGCCUCCUGGAGACCGACAGCAGACAGCCGGAGCAAACGGCCCACACCCAGACAGACUCAUGCCCUGCCCUCUCACAGUACAGGAGGAUGUUGUAUAAGGUCUCAGAAGAUGUAACUAAGGAGAAUCUCACUAAGAUGAAGUUUUUGCUGAGUGACAAACUGCCCAGAGGACGACUGGAUCCCUGCACUACGGCUCUGGAGGUGCUGUGUGAGAUGGAGAGGCAGGAGCUGCUGACAGAGGACAGACUGGAUGAGCUACAGAGGAUACUGGAGGAGUGUGACACACAGCUGGCCCACACAGUACGGCAGCAUAGAGAAGCAAGGGGCAGUGUGUCACGGCAGGAGUACUCUGUUCAGCCAAUCAGCAACCAGGAACAGCAACUCAGCUCCCCUCAGUCACUACAGAGCCUGUCUAUAUCAGAGACACGGCCCAACUGUGAACGUGGGCAACGCAUAAGGUUGUACUCUGAUGCAAUGACGGAAACUCAGCCUGGGUCUGGGCCUGACCAGGUGACUACUUCACCGACGCAAUCCUGGAAGACCUCUGAGAUGGAGCACUAUUCCAUGACCUGUAAUCCUCGGGGGACGUGCUUAAUCAUCAAUAACUACCACUUCAUGGGAUUUUCAGGUCUGACAGACAGACCAGGAACUGAGCAGGACGAGAAGGCUCUGCAUAAUGUGUUCUCCAGGUUGGGGUUUAAAGUGGAAGUGUGUAGCGACCUGACAGAGAAGACCAUGUUGGGUGCGGUAGAGGAGCUUGGAGGGCGGAGUCACAUACAGGCAGACGCUCUGGUGGUGUGUGUGCUGUCCCAUGGGGAGAAGGGUUGUGUGUUUGGGACAGAUGGGGGGGAGGUGCCCAUUCGCUCCCUCACACAACCCUUCACCAGCAAGCAGUGCCCUUCUCUGAUGGGCAAACCCAAACUGUUCUUCAUCCAGGCCUGCCAGGGGAAGGGCUUCCAGCAAGGGGCCCUAUUCAUCCCCUCCAUAAGGCAGAGCGAGGGGCGGUAUGAGGCAGACGCCGGCGCCAUCGAGUCCAUCCCCUGGGAUGCAGACUUCCUGAUCGGUAUGGCAACAGUAGAGGAGUGCAAGUCAUUCCGAAACACUAAGGAAGGUUCCAUCUACAUCCAGGAGCUCUGCAAACAGCUGGAGUGGGGAGCGGACAGAGGGGAGGAUAUUCUGUCGGUGCUGACGCGUGUGAAUCGUGAGGUCAGCAGAGGAGUGUAUAGAGACUCCAAACAGAUGCCCGAGCCCAAGUACACCCUCACCAAGAAACUCUUCCUCCCCUACUUCUGAAACACCUCUGGUUGGCUGACUUAAAGCGCCAAAUCUUGUCCCUCCUUCUGGAUGGAGACACUUCAGAAAGGCUGUCAUGUCUAAACAGUAAGCUGUCACUCUCAGGAACCCUACCACAGCAGCCUCUACUGUGGCCCAUCUCCCAUAAGACAGUGUGUUGAACAUUGGUUGGCAUGUCUGAUUUCCUGAAAGAUGUUUCAAACUCAUGAGAUUUUAAUAAAUUUUUCCAUUAAAUGCUGGAAAUUGUGGAAUGUUUUCUUUAUCUGUAAUAAAUGUGUUCUGGAGAUGAUCAGUAAAA